UACGCGGGCGUCAAGCGCUGGACGAAGAAGUUCGACCUCUUCUCGUGCAAGCGCGUCUUCUUCCCCGUCAACAUCGUCGACACGCACUGGACCCUCGUCAUGGCCGACCUCGAGCGCAAAGAGCUCGCCUACUUCGACGGCUACGGCGAUGACGGCGAAUCCUACCUCCGCGGGAUCCGCCAGUACCUCCGCGACGAGCACGAGGCCGAGAAGGGCGUGCCCCUCCCCGACGAGUUCACGUUCGUCGACACGCUGUCGGUGACACCCGUCCAGAGGGACGCCAACAGCUGCGGGGUGUUCGUCGCGUUCUACGCGAACUACUUGUCCCUCGGCCUGCCGCUCAACUUCAGCCAGGCCGACAUCCCCCACUUGCGCCAGCGCAUGAUGAGCGACAUCCUCGACGGUAGUUUAGCUACGCCACGGUAG